CAAAAAUUUUAUUUGACUCUCCUUAUUGUGUUACUUGCUUUAUUGUGGUAGUCUGGAACUGAACCAGCAAUAUCUCCAAGGUGUGCCUAUACCUACCAAAGGAGAGAGUGGUCCCCUCCCUCCUGGACAUAGGAAGUUAGCUAGACCAGACCUUUGCUGAAUUGAGCCUCAGCUCAGGUCCACUUGUAAUUGAUGAUCAGAGAUACUAGGAGAGUCAGGGUGGCAAACAUUUAUUAGCUGCUCUGCUAGAUGGAACACUAGAUGCUUUGUAUUCAUUAAGUCAUUUACUGUUCGCAGCAACCUCUUGAUAAACAGGAAUAGUUGCCUCAUUUAAGAUGAACUGAGGUUUAGUUUGAGACAUUUGCCCGAGGCACACAGUGACGUGCAGGAGCUGGGAUGAAAACAGCUCUGUCUGAGCCCAGAGCCACUCUGUGCAAUCUAGAGGCCCACACCCCUUCACAACCCUGCUCCUCUGGACUUCUGUCAGGGGAGAACAGAGAAGUGGUACAGGAUCCAUUUCCCACAGAAAAACCAUCUGCCCAUGGACUAGAUCGUCCCUUUCAAGAAGCAGUGAAAUUCCAAGAUUUAGUGAUGAGGAGCGUCAGGUUCUGUGCUUGGGACCAGCUGGGGGACAAAGCAUACAGAAGGGUUCACCCUAGCUUAGGCCGGAUUAGUAUCUAAAACAUCCAGAUGGAAAGCCACUCUAACCUACCUAUCCAAAGUUAUAAAUUGGUUUCUAGAUGCCUUGCUUUAAAGGGAGCAGGGAUCCCCUUAACAAGAAAAGACUAGAGUGGAAGAGGGACAUCUGUCUUCAAAUAUGUGAAAGGCUUGCACACAUGAAAGAUGUGCAAUGUUCCGUGACUUAAUGGGGCAAACUGAAUCCCAUGGUGGAGGCCACAGGAGAUGGAAGCCAGCUUGGUGCCCGGAUAAAUCUGCCUGAUCACUGUCUCAGCAGAUGGAAAGUUCGCUGGGGCUCCUGUGUGCAAGGAUCAGCACUGCUAAUGUUUUGAGGACGCUUGCUCUGUGCCAUAUCUUGUGCUGAGUGGAUUACAAAAAGUAUCUCAAAUAAUGCUUUACCCUAGAAAGUAGUUCCUUUUAAUGUUGCCAUGUUUUAGGUGAAGAAACUGCAGUUUAGAGAGCUUGCUUGCCCAAGACUGAUCCACAGGCUCUUGAUGCCAUGGCACCUCUCCAGCAUAGGCUAGAGAACCACACAGGGGGUGGCAGGGCAGGGGGUGGGGGGGCAGUGAUGGCUGAGGAAGGGAUUCUAGGAUCAGAAGGAAAACCUCCUCUCUUGAGGGAAAAUGAUUUUUUCCUAAAAAGCCAAGAUUCUUGUCGCCUGCCCUAACGGGUCAGAACCAGGCAGGGUGACUAGAAGGAGGUGGACGAAACCAGAUACCAACCCCAGAUCCUGCCCCUGCCUUUCGGGGACCCCUUAGAGUCAGGGCGUUAAGAACCUCCAUCUACCCUCACCCUUCACAGAGCAGAAAAAGGAAAUGGCCGGCUCUGACAGUGCAGAGCUGUGGCCACAGGGUGGCAGCAGUGCUUCAGCCGCAGAGGCUGGCUCCAGAAGCCCGGGGGAGGCAGAUCCUGAGCAGGGCUCUCCCGUGAACACGGGGUUUGUCUACAAAGAUUGGAAGCGAUCCCCACUUUCUGUGAGCUCUGAAACCUUUUGGUCUCCUCCUACAUCCCACUUUUCUAUCCACAGGCAAAUCUGAGGAGUGAUUCCAUUUUUAACCCCCCCAAGGCAGACAUCGGCAAGGGUGUGAAUGGUCUGGGUGACCCUGACUGCAGCCACAGUCCCGAGAGGGACCAGGCUGGGUCAUCCUGGCUCGCUCUAACCCUGUGGCUCUUCCUACCUUCCCUCUGUUCCAAGACAUAGUGCCUAGACCUUCUUGACAGGACUUCCUCUAUGCUUUUAUUCUCCAAGUUAGGAAAGAGAGGAGGUGAUCAAUUGGAGCUCUCCAACCUGUUGAGGGAUUGGGGGUUCUUGAAGGCCCCCAGGGCCUGGCUCUGACAAAGCGUCCGCAAUUAAUGAUGCUUCUUGAGCUCUGGAGACAGGAUUUAUGCAUCUAAUAAAGUCUGUAACUCCAGGCUUAGGGGCUGGGGGCUGGAGGCUGGGAGCAGGAAGUCCCGGGAGUGCCGUGGGAGGGGAUCCCAGGCGGCUCCUGAUGGAGCGGUGCCUUUCCAUUGCCUGCUCCAGACUCCCCCUCAGGCUGCUGCGGGGUGGGGGGACCGGGCCACAGCAGGGAUAAGAGGCGCGUAUGGCUGCGGGAAGGUGGAUGGCAGCAUGGAGUCCGGGCGGGCCGCAGUGCUGCUGCUGGUGCUGCUGCAAACACACUGGGGCUGUGCCAGGGGACCGGGGCACGGAGGCGAGGGAGACCAGGUCUUCAUGGAGGAAGAUAGUGGACCCCACCCACUGCAGGAGGCCCAGAUCCCUGGGUCACUCUUGCGCUCCCUGCUCCAGGCCAUGCAGAGACCCAGCCGGAGCCCAGCCUUUCUGUUUCAGCCCCAGAGGUUUGGCACAACCUCCCGGGGCUCCUGGAGCAGCGAACAGCUGAGUCCCCGAGCUGGAGAGGGGCUCAGCUCCCCCUUCUGGAGCCUGGCUGCCCCUCAACGCUUUGGGAAGAAGUGACACGUCGUCCCUUGAUAUGUUUGCAUGCAAGGCUCACAACUGGGCGCCUGGGUGGCUCAGUUGGUUAAGCGACUGCCUUCGGCUCAG